GCUAGUUUAGACGGCCUGUUGGCUGUUACUCAGAAUUGUCUUCGUCUAGGGUUUAAGAAGGGGUCUAAGAAGGGCAAUCUCAGACUUCUAAAUCCCUGAGCUCAGUUGCUGAAAGAAGAAAAAGAAAAGUCACAAGUAGCGGAGUUCAAGUUCUCUUUUACUGAUGGAUACUUCAAGGGUCAACUCCACUGAAUUGGAGCAGUUUCUGAGUAAAGAGAAGGAAAAAGCCAUGGCUAAUGAAAUAGUUGCAAAGCUUACUCACAUAUGCUGGGACAAAUGCAUUACCAGUACUCCUGGAAGCAAGUUUAGCUCUAGCGAAACCACUUGUCUCACAAACUGUGCUCAGCGCUACAUGGAUAUGAGCAUGAUAAUAAUGAAGCGCUUCCAAUCCAUGCACUAAAGAUUAGAUUGGCAUCUUAAUGGUAUUGGAGGAUGGUGCUUUCCCUUUAUUAAAGAAAAAUUUCUGUCAGUUCUGGUUUCUAAUCCUCCUUGUAAGCAGCAGGAUAUUGUUCAUAGCAUAUGCUGCCACUUUUGACCAGUAAAUGCCGAUUAUUUAACUUUAAUACCUUUUCAGUUCUUUGCUUACUGUAUUUGAGUUUACUCUAAAUCGUGAAAGUUAUUAAUUACA